AUGAGUUGGGAUAACGAUAGUGUGAUACAAUUGAUUGAAGCAUAUAACGUGCAAUCUACCUGGUUUGCAUUACCACAUUUAGAAUUUCUUCUUGACAGAAAUAAACCUAGAGCUGUAAGACUAAAUACCGAAAAUGAGGCUGGCAAAAAUACGGAAGGUAAUGAUACUGUUGAUAAAGAACAUUUCGAGGACUCGGCAGAAUGUGAGAGCCAUGAGUCUGAAAGCCUAGCGUCUGGAAGCCAAAAACCUGGGGCCCAAGCAUCUGGAGGCCAAGAAUCUACGACCCAACCACCUGGAAGCCAAGAAUCUGCGACUCAAGCAUCUGGGGUCCAAACGCCAAGGACCCGACCGAAUUCAACAUUUAAAUCGCCAGCAUCUAAAAAACAAAACAAAAGACCACCGCCAAAUGACCCGAUCAUGCACGAAUCCUUGAAAUUGAUGAGGGCAUCAUCACAAGCAGCUACCUCUGCCGCUUCUGCCGUUUCAACUCAUUCUGCCGACCGAUACCAAAUAUAUGCCAAUUAUUUGGCAUCCAAAUUUCGAACAUACUUGCAAACAACCUUCCUUACCGUUGAACACCGUAUUAACCAAAUAUUGUAUUGCGCUGAUAGUGGACAAUACGAAUGUGUAAGUGGAUAUGGAGGAUAUCAAUCUACUCCUAAUAAUAAUCAUACGCCAAUGCAACCGCCAACCAAUCGUAAAUGGGAAGGUGAACAUGGAGGGUAUCAAUCCUCUAAUAGUGAUACGCCAAUACCGCCAAAUCAGGUUGAAACCAAUGAAAGUGACUCAAGAGACACCGAUGACUUCAGUGAUUUAAUAAGGUUUAAUUUAUGA